AUGUCGCUGAAAGAGAAUUGCAAAGAACGUGUGUUGAGCGUAAUCGAAAAGAUUACUGAAGUAAGCAAGUAUGUAGUUAUGGUUGUUGAUAAAAAGGCCUAUAGAAUUCUAUCAAUGAUUUGCAAAGAUGAGGAAUUAUUAGAAAUGGGUGUUUCUCUGAUAGAAUUAAUUGAUGCGAAAAGAAGUAGACUGCAAGAUUUUGAUUGCUUGUAUUUUAUUAGUUCCAAUGUGGAAGUGGUUGAAAUGAUGUUAUCAGAUUUUAGGGAAGAAAAAAAUGCAAAAUAUAAAAAUGUACACAUAUUAUUUACUUCAAAUGUAGGGGACAGGAAUAGGGAAAUUCUUGACAUAAUUGCAACUAGCGAUUUUAUUCUUAAAAAGAUAAAAAGCUGUGCAUGUAUUAAUAUACACUUUUUUGCAUAUGAAAGUCGUAUUUUUUAUUUUGAUAACAAUUUAAAUUUAUAUGAUUAUUAUCCUUUAAAAAAAUCGACUAUUUUACAUGACCUAUCAUUACAAUUACUUUCUGUAUGUUCAUGCUUGAAGAGCAAUCCUCACAUACGUUUUCAGAACUCACCUUUAUGCAGAAAAUUUGCAGAAAUAUUUUACAAUUCUAUGAAUAAUUCUACUGCAUGUCAAGGUUAUAAUAACAACGAUGAUGAUGUUAUUUUAAUUUUAGAUCGAUCUAUAGACUGUUCCAUUUUAUUUAUCCAUGAUUAUUCGUAUCAAAGUCUCUGUUAUGAUAUUUUGCAGAUUAAGACAUAUCAUGAGGUGUCAGAGGAGGAGGGACAUAUGGAAAAUGAAGAAAACGAGACAAGAUAUGGGCAUAAAAAACAGAGAAAUGUGAAUAUAGGAGAAGGUGCUCAUUGUGUUAGUUUCGAAAUUACAAAUAAUGAUCAAAGGAAAGAAGAAAAAAAAGCAAUCCUUUCUGAGGAUGACAGUUUAUGGUUUAAGUAUAGACAUGCACACAUACAAGAGGUGAACGAAAUGAUAAAAAAUGAAAUUAGUUCUUUCACAGAAAAAAAUGCACUAGUAAAAAUUAAGAAGAAGAAUGUUUUAAAUCCAAAUGAAGCAUUACAUGCAUUGAGAUCUCUUCCACAAUAUGAAACUAUGAUUGAACAAUAUUGGUUACAUGUAUACAUGUGUGACAAUUGUUUUCAAGUUUUACAAAAAAGAAAUAUAGUAGAUAUUGGUAUGGUUGAGCAAGAUAUUUGUUGUAAUGUUGAUAAUUAUGGAAAAGAACUUAGUCAUUCCAAAAAUUUCGCAAGCAUAAAUUCUAUUAUUUCUAGCAACAACUACGAACAGGAAGAGAAAGCAAGAUUAAUUCUUCUAUACUUUAUUAAUUAUGAGAAUCUGAAUGAAGACGACAAAAUAAAAAUGAUGGAAACAGCUGAACUUGGCUUAUUCAUGCAAAAGUUUAUUGUUGAAUUUUUGAAGUUAAAAUUACAUUGUGAAAAAACACAUCAUUAUAACCAUCAUCCUAUGGAUGAACAUUCUUCAUCAACUACUAAAAUAUUUCAUGUGUUAGAUAAAAAUAAAAAAAAAAUUAAGUACUACAAAAAUGUAGCAAAAAAUUCAAAGUAUGAACUAAGUCGACAUGAACCAAAUAUAAAAGACAUUAUCAUCGAAAUGCAUCACGACACAUUGAAUAAGGCACUAUUCCCAUUCGUAGAUAAUAAUCGAAAGAUGGAUGAUUCCCCAGAGAAAAAUAUAUCCUCUGUGAAAAAGCAAAAUGUUACAAGAGGAACCGUUUGGGAAUUCAAAACGGAAGAGAAUAACCCAAUGCAAAUUGGAAAUAAAAAGAAAAUCAUCCUUUUUAUUAUUGGAGGGAUCACCUUUCCAGAAAUAAGACAAAUUUAUGAAUUGUCUGAACAAUUGCAUGUCGAUAUAUAUUUAGGUGGAACUUCCCUCCUAACUAGUGGUGUGUUGUUUGACCAAUUUAAGAAAAUUCCCAGCUUUUAG